GAUGCAGGCCCCAAAGGACCUCCUGGUGAAGAUGGCCUGCCAGGCAUGCCCGGAGAACCUGGACUUCCAGGUCCGCCAGGGCCCCGUGGUCGGAGAGGCGAGAAAGGCAUUUGCCCAAAGUACUGCGCAUUGGACGGCGGUGUGUUCUUCGACAGCGAACAAGACCGGAAUCGAUGA